CUUUUCCUCCACUACCAAAAAGACCAUCCAUACAAAACCCAAUCACCACCCAAAACAACAGCCUCAAAAUGCCCCGCGAAGAAUACCAAGUCCCCACCGCCAACGCCGGCCAGCGCGGCGGCACCCGCGACGACCACCAAGUCCGUCACGUCAUGUCUUAUAUCUGCGGCGACUGCGGCGGCAGCGUCACCCUCGGAAAGGAUGCCACCGUCGCGUGCCCUCACUGCGCAGGCCGUGUUCUCUACAAGGAACGCACGAAGCGAAUGGUUCAGUUCGAGGCCCGAUAGACAUACAGACGAUGAUUUUUUAUACCAAAGAAAAAAAGCUUGCAAAGCAUAAAGACGAGGUGUUGUGGCAACUUUGAUAUUUCGAGAUGGGAGUUUAGGGGUCUGGGAAUUAAUAGACAAUGCGACACGAUUUUGCGCAUGGCGAGUUGCAUUACAGUCUGCGUGAUUGAUUGAUUACUUUUUUGUUUCCUUCAAAGAGUCGCCUUGCGAUAUCUACCCUGCAUAACUUAAACCGUGAACCAGAUAAAUUCCUUAUGUAAACCCCAAACGCCAC